GCGGCAGCGGCAGAAGACUUCAAGUUCAGAAGAGACGUACUUGUGCAAGAGAAGUGAAACCUCCGCUCCUACUGAGUUGUCCGGCGACCAUGGCCGCAACACUGAAGGCAUCGGCGACCCUUGCUGCAAAGCUUAUUCCAUCUCCAUUGGUAUUUAUGGAGCUGGCUGCCUAAUGACUGAAGGCUGCCGAGGUGAGGGUGGAUACCUUGUGAAUUCAGAGGGUGAGAGGUUCAUGGAAAGAUUUGCACCAGUUGCUAAAGAUUUAGCGUCACGAGAUGUGGUAUCCAGAUCAAUGACAAUUGAGAUUCGCGAGGGACGAGGUUGUGGUCCUGAGAAAGAUCAUGUUUACUUACAGCUUCAUCACCUUCCUCCUGAGCAGUUAGCUCAACGAUUGCCCGGUAUCUCUGAGACUGCCAUGAUUUUUGCAGGAGUUGACGUAACUCGUGAACCCAUCCCUGUCUUGCCUACUGUCCAUUACAAUAUGGGCGGUGUUCAGACCAACUACAAAGGACAGGUAAUCACAUACGAUGGAGUGGAGGAUAAGGUUAUCCCUGGAUUGUAUGCUGCAGGUGAAGCUGCAUGUGCAUCUGUUCAUGGUGCUAACCGUCUGGGAGCAAACUCUCUUCUUGACCUGGUGGUAUUUGGCCGUGCUUGUGCUCACACCAUUGCUGAGGAGAAUAAGCCAGGGGAAACCAUUGGUGAACUAUCAGCUAAUGCUGGUGAAGCAUCAGUUGCCAACAUUGAUCGUAUUAGGUUUGCGAAGGGCAAUGUUUCAACAGCUGAGCUUAGGUUAGCCAUGCAGAAGACCAUGCAGAACCAUGCUGCAGUUUUCCGCACGGGUGAAGUUCUCUCUGAAGGGUGUGAAAAGAUGUCAGCAUUGUGGUCAAAGAUGGAUGACAUUAAGCUUGCUGAUCGAGGCAUGGUUUGGAAUACAGAUUUAGUAGAGACACUUGAGCUUCAGAAUUUGAUGGUAAAUGCUAUUCAGACAAUGUUUUCAGCAGAAGCUCGCAAAGAAUCCCGAGGUGCUCAUGCACGAGAAGAUUUCAAGGAUCGUAUUGAUGAAUUUGACUAUAAGAAACCCCUUGAAGGACAAACCCCAGUACCUUUUGAGCAGCAUUGGAGAAAACAUACUCUUUCAACAGUUGAUCUCGAUUCUGGAGCUGUGAAGCUUUGGUACAGACCUGUAAUUGACCACACCCUAGACAGUGAGGAAUGUGCUACUGUGCCACCUGCUGUUAGAUCAUAUUAAGACACCAGAAAUAUUUCUUUGGACUGGAAUCCAGGGAAUUGUGUGCUUAGUAUUAGCUGUUUAUGUAGUAAUUUCAGUAAUUCAACAAAAAUAACCGAAGUACAAAUCUUGACUGGCUUAAUGGUUUUUACUGGUUUUUAUUGAUGUUUAUUAUAUAGUUAUUCCCUGUUUCCAGUUUAACAAGAGAUUGGGUACAACAUGUCUGGAAGUAGGUUGUAAGUCUGGUUAUUUUUGCUGGCUUACUGUUUUGGAGAAGCCCCAUCAGCUUGAGGAGAUGAACACUUGUGACCAGAUGUAAUUGAUGUCUAGUCUUCAGGGUUCAAGUUAUCUCCUUGUUCCAGUGAUUUAUAUUUAUAAAGUAUAGGUAAGCACAACCUUGUAGAUAGUGUAUAUAGAGUUCAUUUAAAACCAAGGUGGUAAAGCUUUUCUUGGAAAUGAACUUACAUAAACACGUAAGUAGUUUAUAUUUUAGGCUCUUAUGUAUUAAUGAUUAUUGAUAAUACACAGUAAAGGGAGAUAUCCUACAAAUAUACUAUUUUUUCUGUAA